UUGAUGAGCUUGUUUGAAAGCCAGAGUUUGCCUUGUCUGGUCUGCGACUAAACCUGCCAGCCGAGGCGUAUUUGUGGUGACACUGAAGGGAGGCUGCUGUUUGCAUGAAGUGCUGAGCUUCUUGUGCGGCGGAGUUGCACUCAGCAUGUCGGGGAUCCCUCCGGACACAUGGCAGCCCCCAAAUGUCACGCUGGAAACGACUAUGGGAAACAUUUCACUGGAGCUGUAUUGGAAGCACGCACCAAAAACCUGCAGAAACUUUGCUGAGCUGGUUCGAAGGGGUUAUUACAAUGGCACAAAGUUCCAUAGAGUGAUCAGUGGUUUUGUUAUUCAAGGAGGAGACCCAACAGGAACAGGUAGAGGAGGAUCAUCUAUAUAUGGAAAACACUUUGAGGAUGAAUUACAUAAAGAUUUAAAAUUCACAGGUGCAGGGAUCCUUGCCAUGGCAAAUGCAGGUCCAGAUACAAAUGGCAGCCAGUUCUUUUUAACUCUGGGACCUACACCAGUACUGGAUGGCAAGCACACAAUCUUUGGUCGUAUCUGUCAUGGAUUGUCAGUAGCUAAACGUAUUGAACUUGUGGAGACCAAUCGUGAAGACCGACCGAUGGAUGAUGUAAUAAUUCUAAAAGCUAGUGUAAGCGAAUUAAGUUAAGGCUAGAACCCAAGAAUUAUGUUUUCAUAUAAUAAUUUGGAGUUCCUAGGCAUGUGUUUUAAUGACCUUCCUGUACACAAAUUUGGUGUAUUUGUAAUUGUGGUAUCAUUCAAAAAGCAUGCAGCGGCAUACGGAUUCAUCUUGGUGUUUAAAUCAAUUUCUUUGCCAUUGAUAACUUCUCCAAUUUAUUUUGUAUUGAUACUUGAGUUGCAUGUGUACCUCCAGCUCAUCUGAUUAAAAUUGUUAA